AUGGCAGCUAUUUUUUCCACUCAAACUCGUAACACUCAUGCCGUAGUAGCGGGCCGUGAGAUUGCUCGGGCUAUCAAACAAAGUGAUGCUGCAAUAAGGCAAGAAUAUCCUUUCUUAUACCAUCAAGAUUGGAUUUGCACAAUAAUAUUUACUAGUUCAAUAUUAUUAAUGUCUUUAUUUUCAUAUCUUUAUUUAUCAAAUUACAUUUCUGCAAUACCGACUAUUAUUUCAAUAGCAUUGGUAAUAUCCUUUUUACAUGAAUUAGAACAUGAUAUUAUUCAUAACUUGUAUUUUAAAAAAUAUAAAUCGAUUCAAAAUUUCAUGUUCCUCUUUAUUUGGAUCGCUAAAUUACAUAUUUCACCUUGGUAUCGUCGCCAGUUACAUUUAAAACAUCAUCUUUUAUCAGGUCAAAUAAAUGAUGCCGAAGAAAGAUUAAUUGGAUUAGGUUUAUCACCGAAUUACAAAAGAAUGGUUGUUAGUAUGCAUCCUUUUGGUGGUGUUUUGGUCACUGAUGAUAUUAAAAAAGAUGCAAAAUUUUUAAAUUUAUUUACUCUACAAGCUCAUAAUGCACCGAUGAUGUUAAUAUUUCUUUUUAUUAAUCUUUGUUUUCUUGGUUAUAAUUUAUUGUACUUCAUAUAUUUUUGUUUCAAUUAUGAUAUGAAUACAAUAUAUGGUAUUGAUACAUUUUAUCCAACUAUUCGUACUUUAGCAGUUUGUUUAUGUUUUCCAAAUUUGUUAAGGCAAGCCUGCUUAGUAUUAAUGUCGAAUUCUUCUCAUUAUUUUGGUGAUAUACCUUUGAAUACUGUAUACUAUCAAAAUCAAAUAUUAGACUCAUGGUAUAUGCUUCCUUUUCAAUUAUUUUGUUUUAAUUUCGGUGCAACACAUAUUGUACAUCAUUAUGUUCCUUCGCAACCAUUCUAUAUUCGACAUUUUACGGCUAGAUCGGUAAAGAAUGUGAUGAUUGAGUUAGGGGUGCGUAACAAUGAUUUUGGUAUAUUGUGGAGAAAUAAUCAUUAUACGAUCGAUCCAAAAGUAGAUGGAAAACAGCAAUUCUAUGGUAAAUGUUGGUUUGCUGCAUGCAUAGUGUUAGGAUUUCCUUUGUACAUAAUAUGGGAUAUAAUGAUUCUCCGUAAACUCAACAAAAAUAUCAUAAACUUAAUUAGCGAAAAGUUAUCGAAGCAAAACAUAAAAGAACAUGAUUUCAAUAAUAAUAAUGUAUUAUUAACGGACGAGAAGAUGGUUAACAAUGGUGAAGCAAUAAUCGGUAAUGGUACUAGCCAAUUGAAUUCAUUGACGAAUCGAAUGGCAUUACAUUAUGUAUCACAAGACCAAAUUGAAGAAAUCGGUGAUAAAGCCCUUGAAACUUAA